CUUCCAGGCUUUCUUCACGUGCAGGGUUAUGGUUAUAUCCGGGUCCCUGGAUGGUCCAGCCUUUCCUUGCGGCCCGGCUGGAGGAGACCUUUGGGCAUCUUCUCUGGAGGAGAGGAAGGCGAGACCCUUCUCAAGCCUGUGAUCUUGGCAUCCUUCCCGCCCUCAUCUUGUCAUUUCUAUAGAGAUAAAGGGGAGGAGAACAAUCUCAGUUCGCGGUCCCUGGAGAUAUGGCGUCUACAUUUAUGCUUAUUCUUUGGGACUCUUUACAUAGAUCCCUUCAGAAGAAAGUAUCCUGGAUUUCUCUGUUCAGACCCCACCUAAAGUUCACUGAAGUGCUUAUUUAGAUCUAAAAGAAGAGCUAGAACUAAGGUGAUUGUUGAGUACUUCGGUCCUUGCAAUCUGUGCCAAUAAGUUUAUGCCUUGCUUGUGUCUUCAUGUUCUCCAUGUUGGUAGACCGGUCUCUGAUGAAAACCUUCACGAUGAUAAUUUUUUUGUGUGGCAGCCAACUUCUAGUCUCAAUCAGACCUCGUUUGUGGCAUACACAUCCAGAAAGUGCCCAGAAGAAACUUCCUGCCAGAAAAACUGAAAAAGCAAUAUUCAUAAUACUGGAAUUUGUGGAUAAUUUGUUAAAAUGGCAGAAAAUAGUGAAAAUAAUAGUAAAAAUGUAGAUGUAAGGCCCAAAACUAGUCGGAGUAGAAGUGCUGACAGAAAGGACGGUUAUGUGUGGAGUGGAAAGAAGUUAUCUUGGUCAAAAAAGAGUGAAAGCUGUUCAGAUGCUGAAACAGUGAAUGCUAUGGAGAAAACUGAAGUUCCUUUAAGGAGCCAAGAAAGAAAGCACAGCUGUUCAUCUAUCGAGUUGGAUUUAGAUCAUUCCUGUGGGCAUCGAUUUUUAGGUCGAUCUCUUAAACAGAAACUGCAAGAUGCUGUGGGGCAGUGUUUUCCAAUAAAGAAUUGUAGUAGUCGGCACUCUUCAGGGCUUUCAUCUAAAAGAAAAAUUCAUAUCAGUGAACUCAUGUUAGAUAAGUGUCCUUUCCCACCUCGAUCAGAUUUAGCUUUUAGGUGGCAUUUUAUUAAACAACACACUGCCCCUAUAAAUCCCAAAUCAGAUGAAUGGGUAAGCACAGACUUGUCUCAGAGUGAAUUGAGGGAUGGUCAGCUAAAACGAAGAAACGUGGAAGAAGAGGUAAACUGUUUCCCACAUACUAUUGUUCAGCCCUGUGUCAUAACCACCAACAAUGCUUCAUGUAGAGAUGGUCCUAUGACUGGCUCUGUGAUGAACCUGGUUUCAAAUAACAGUAUAGAAGAUAGUGAUACGGAUUCAGAUGAUGAAAUUAUAACACUUUGCACAAGUUCCAGGAAAAGAAACAAACCCAAAUGGGAAAUGGAUGAAGAAAUCCUGCAGUUGGAAACACCUCCUAAGUAUCACACCCAGAUUGAUUAUGUCCACUGUCUUGUACCAGACCUCCUUCAGAUCAAUAACAAUCCAUGUUACUGGGGAGUUAUGGAUAAAUAUGCAGCUGAAGCUCUACUAGAAGGAAAACCAGAGGGUACCUUUUUACUUCGAGACUCAGCACAGGAAGACUAUUUAUUCUCUGUUAGUUUUAGACGUUAUAGUCGUUCUCUUCAUGCUAGAAUUGAACAGUGGAAUCACAACUUUAGCUUUGAUGCACAUGAUCCUUGUGUCUUCCAUUCUCCUGACAUUACUGGGCUCCUAGAACAUUAUAAGGACCCAAGUGCCUGUAUGUUCUUUGAACCACUUUUAUCCACUCCUUUAAUUCGGACUUUCCCCUUUUCCCUGCAGCAUAUAUGCAGAACAGUUAUUUGUAACUGUACAACUUAUGAUGGCAUUGAUGCCCUUCCAAUUCCUUCUUCUAUGAAAUUAUAUCUGAAGGAAUAUCACUAUAAAUCAAAAGUUAGAGUACUCAGGAUUGAUGCACCAGAACAACAAUGCUAGGAAUAGAGUAGGAACUUGGGAAUGAUUAUAUACAUAUUUUCAUUUAAUAUUUUAUUUUUCUUAUUAUGCCACUUUGAAUUUUUCUACAAGGGCAGUUAAGACUCCAAAAUAAACCUCUACCCUAAAUUUUACUUCCAAAUCAGUUUAUUUUUCUUAUGAUACACUAAUUGUUUAAGGUUACACAUUAGGGGUUAAUGGAUAUUUUUGACGAGGUGUUUGGUUUUUGUUUUUACCAUGUAGAUUGUAUACUUAAUUUUUUUUCUUUUCUUAUUUGUAAUUUGCAUAUGAUCCAUGGACAUUUGACAUUUGGUAGGCAUUGCAAACAGUCAAGUAAUCUGUAUUUCAUACUUUCUUUAAAAAUAAUGUCCUUUUCUACAUGUAAAAUGCUUUAACCUAUGCCAUUGGUAUUCCUAUACAUAAAAUAUAGUUUCCCCUUCUCAGAGUUGUUUUAAAAUUUUUUGGUAAAGCUGAGUGUGUUGUAAUUCACAAUCCAUACUAAAGUACUUGACUUUUGUAAUUUAAUAAUAGGGAUGUUAAAGGUAACAAAAUUGCUUAAAAUCAAACUUGAUGUGUUUUCAUUUUAAAUAUUAACUAUAAGCAGGAUUACUAAAUUCAGUUAAUCUGGUCGGUAAGAAUCAAAUGAGAACAUGACAUUUUGGAGGUGAAUUUAUUCUUCCACAAUGUGGCGCGGUCAUUUGUUAUUCCUGGAAUAGAUCUUUCUCAACGUGGAAGAGUUACCAUCUUCAGAACAUAAAUAUUGUUCUUUUCUCACUGGAAGCUAUAAAAAUAAUGAUAACGCUAUUAGUAACUAGUAGUUACUAAAGUACUAAAGCAAUUGUGAGGUUUUUCUGUAUUUACUUAUGAAUUGUUGCUUCUACUUAGCCCUUUUAUAGAAACUCUGAGCCUGUUACUUUGGGGAGAUGCUACAGUUUAUAAACAACGACAAAUUUCCAUUGGUAACUAAAGAGUACCUAAGUAGUUUUUCAUUAUUUUAAAUUAAGCUUGAAUAAAGAUUCAAGAAGUAAAUAUGGAGCUCAGUAUUCAGGAAGCUUAAUACUGUUUUUGAUCUUCAGGUUUCAAAUAAUUAUCCCUGUCUUCAGAAUUAACAUGUCUUUAUUGUGGCUUCAAAAAAAGGAAAACAUAUUGGGAGCUACAUGGCUUAUGCCAUACUGAAGAGUACUGGGCACCAGGUGUAAUAUUUUAAAUUUACUAUCCCAAGAGCAGGGAAAUGUUUUUAGAAACAUCAAUAUCCCAAUAUAAUAAAGAUACAUGGAGUGAUAGCCUAUGCUACUGCUCUUUUUUAAAGAAUCGAUGAAUAAUAAAUUUCCUAGACAGUCGUUUCUUCUGGUGAACUAUCUACCCCUUUGUACAAAUUGGCAUUUUAAAUAUCGUAGGAAUUGAUUUCUUGAUGAUAGUUUAGCUCUAGUAGGAAGCUGCUUCUACCCAGAUUGAAAGAAAUUUGACUCAAAUUUCCAAGUUAGAACAGAUGUUUCUUAAGUGUCAUUGCUUUUAUGUUGAAGUAACAUUUCCCUUUCUGAAGUUCUGCUGUUAACAUAAAGAUGCCCUUUUUUGUCUCAGUGAUCUCAACAUUGUCUUGGUUCCAGUGAGGGUUAGCUACUAAUAUGGCACCUCUCUUAGCAGUGAUGAGGCUCAGGAUAUCAUAACACCAAUGUCAGGAUAAAUAUCUCUUCUGAAGAUGAUAUUUCCCUUUACAAAAGUAGAAAAGUCUCAUACUACCUCAUCUUUAUUGUGGCGCUUUUGUAGAUCACUGAGAAGCUGAUCUUAUUUACCAAUAUAACACUUCCUAAAUAUCCAUCUUUGGUGAAAGAAAAUUAAUAGUAUGGUGAGACUCUACCCAUGAUUAUAGUUUUUUAUCAGAAUUUGAUAAUGAGACUUUCUGUUUCUGUGAAACAAUUACUUUAAAUAUUUUUCUUUUAAAAAUAACUUUUUAUCAGUACAGAAAAACCUAAGGGAUGACUAGCUAACAAAUAUUCUGUUAAAGGGUAAUUUUAUAAAGAAAAAUGAAAUAUAAUUAUGUUAUCUUUUAUAAUGGUAAAAAUUAGUGUUUAUAUGAAAAUCAAGAUCUAAGUAGCUUUUCAUAUAUUCAAACUGGUCACUUAUGAUAUAUUUUCUCUGGCUUUCUUAUUUUUUCAACUUUAAGGUAUUAAUAGCUAUUUACAUUUUCAAAAUACUGCCAUAUAUAUAGCCUUGAAGUGGAUGAUCUAAUAAAUGAGAACAGGGAAGAGA